UUGAAGAUUAAUUUUCGCCGUGUAUCAAAUAGGUUAGUGGCCCAACAUGGACAGUGAGGCUUGGAAGAAGAGACUCCACCACUUCUGGCCUCAGCCAAGCUGCAACCAAUCUUCCGAGCUUUAGGGACAGCCUAGACAAGCUUGUUUCCUUGUUCGGCAGCAAAGGUUUGAGUGCAAGAGACAUGGUGGCCCUUUCGGGUUCCCAUACAAUAGGCCAAGCAAGAUGUGUGACAUUCCGGGAUAGGAUAUACGACAAUGGAACUGACAUUGAUGCCGGCUUUGCCAGUACCAGGAGACGCCGCUGUCCUGCUAAUAAUGGGAAUGGUGAUGACAAUCUUGCACCUCUUGAGUUGGUGACGCCCAAUUCUUUUGAUAACAAUUACUUCAAGAAUCUCAUUCGAAGGAAAGGUCUUCUUCAAUCCGACCAAGUACUUUUUAGUGGAGGAUCCACAGACACUAUUGUCAAUGAAUACAGCAAGAGCCCAAAAACUUUCAGGUCUGAUUUUGCAUCCGCCAUGGUGAAGAUGGGAGAUAUUGAAGCUUUGACUGGAUCUGCCGGAGUGAUACGAAAAUUCUGCAACGUCAUAAACUAAUUUCACCCCGAGUUUCUUCAUAUAUUCAAAAUUUCGUGGUGUCAAUAAUGUUUUUAAAGACCUUUUCAUUUCAUUUCCUUCUUUUCCUUCACUGUUUGUCUUGAUGGAUCAUAUCAUGAAAAUUAUUGUCAUUCUUUCAUGUAUUCUGUAUGUUAUAAUAAAUUCUUGAUUUUUGUCCA